UCUAAGCAUCCCUAUCUUCCACGCGAUCUGGCUUGGCUCGGAGGGACCGAAGUUGAACUCUGGAUUGACCAGGAAGGCUUCCGCGCGAUCCGAUCCAUGAUGCGACUCAUGGGGUAUUCCCCACGCUCCCGUUCACUGCUCCCAUAUGGCGGGCGUGGCGUCUCCUCCGACGUGAGCGGAGGCGUUGCGGAGUUUAUGCCAGUCAAGCGCGAGAGCUUCGCAUUCCACUAUGCGACUCUCGAUGGUCCGCCGAUACUACGGCGCGUCAGUGUUGGUGGGGACGAGUCGCGUGACUAUCUCUCC